AUGGGAGCCUCAUCUACAGAGCGCCGCCUACUGGAGAAGCUGUUUCAGGAUUACAACCUGAAGGUCCGACCAGCGCUGACAUGGGACGAGAAGGUGAUGGUUCGGGUUGGGAUGACCCUAGUACAGCUGAUGGGCCUGGAUGAGAAGAUUGGCGAGAUGGUCACCAAUGUGUUCAUGAAUAUGGCGUGGACAGACUACCGGCUCUCCUGGGAUCCAAAGGAAUACGACGACAUUGACGUGCUCCGGAUCCCGCCUAACAAGGUGUGGCGUCCAGACAUAUACCUCAUCAACAACAUUGAUGGGCAGUUUGAUGUGGCACUGUAUGUGAAUGUGCUGGUGAGUUAUACUGGAGAGGUGUCAUGGCUGCCCCCAGCCAUCUACCGAAGCAGCUGCUCCAUAGAGGUGUCCUAUUUUCCGUUCGACUGGCAGAACUGCACAAUGGUUUUCCGCUCGUACACGUACGACUCUUCGGAAGUGGACUUGCAGUAUGGACUAGACGAGGACGGCAAUGAGAUCCAUGAGGCUGUUAUAGAUGAGAACGCUUUCACUGAAAACGGCGAGUGGCAAAUUUGUCAUAAGCCGUCCAGGAAGAACGUGGAGGAUGACCUGUACGAGGACAUCACCUUCUACCUGAUCAUCGAGAGGAAGCCGCUCUUCUACAUCAUCAAUAUCAUCGUGCCCUGCAUCCUCAUCAGCGUGCUGGCUAUAUUUGUGUUCUACCUGCCACCUGGUGCAGGAGAGAAGAUGACCCUGUCCAUCUCGGUCCUCAUCGCCCUCACUGUGUUCAUGCUCCUGCUGGCCGACAGAGUCCCAGAGACCUCACUGUCUAUCCCCAUCAUCGUCAGCUACGUCAUGUUCACCAUGAUCCUCGUCACCUUCUCCGUCAUCCUCAGUGUGGUCGUGCUCAACCUCCACCACCGAACGCCCAACACACACCACAUGCCCCUGUGGGUGCGCAAGGCCUUCAUCCACUUCCUGCCCAAGUACAUUGGCAUGCAGAGGCCACACCCAGAAGAGCCUGUGGAGGAGGAGCCAGAUGAUGACACACCCCUCAGUCACCUGGACAGCCGGAGGCCAGGGGGCGAGUACUUCGUCCGCAAGAUCGACCCAGCACUAGUAAUGCCCUGGAGAGGCAGGUGUGACAGUACAGUGCAGCUGCAGCGGUACUUUGACAGUGACAGCUACUGUCUCAUCCUCCCUCCCAACCUCAAGUCUGCUAUCUCCGCUGUCACAUACAUGGCCGAACAGCUGAAGCAACAGGAUACACAUGACACAAUGACUGACGACUGGCAAUACAUUGCCUUGGUGGUGGACCGCCUCUUCUUCUGGCUCUUCGUCAUCAUCACCACACUCGGUACUCUGGCCAUGUUCCUGGACGCCAGCUUCAACUACGCCCCCGACAACCCUUUCCCCUGAGAGAGACGCUCAUGCUUUAUAGAACACUCCAUGCAAGUUCAUGCAUUCUAGAACUCUCCAUACAAGUUCCUGCGUUCUAGAACUCUCCAGACAACGGCUUCAAUCACACUCCUGACA